AUGUGGGGAUUGUCAAUCCUGCCGAUCGCGGCCUUAGCUGCUCUGCCAUGUGGGAAUGCCGUCACGCUACACAAACGGGAUGAACCUGCGAUCUUUGAGCUCCCAAUUGCCAAAAGUGAACGGUCUCAGGUGUUGGUGAAACGCGAUUCCAAAGUCGCCAGCACGGCACUGUACAAUGUGCAAAAUUUCUAUUACAUGGUGAACAUCACCAUCGGUACCCCGGCUCAGAAAGUAUCCCUCAGCCUCGAUACCGGUAGCAGUGACAUCUGGGUUAACGUCCCAAAUUCCACCUACUGCGCGGCAGAUGAUGAUCCCUGCUCUUCAACCGGCUUGUUCCAUAUCAAAGACUCCUCAACGUUCAAAAUGCUAGAUUAUGAGAUGAAUGCUACUUAUGUCAGUGGCUUUUUGGCUGCAGGCCCCUAUGUCACUGACAAGCUGGUGAUUGGAGACGCUACGGUAAAGGAUAUGGAGUUUGCGUUGGCCAACGAGAGUAAAAAUCCUCAUAACAUCUGGCUGAUGAUUGGCAUUUCGGGAACAGAUGGGAUUCUAGGAAUCGGAUAUGCGUCAGGUACUGAUGCGGCUGCCAAUCUCGGCAAGGAAUACGCCAACCUACCGGAAGCACUGGUCAAAAGCGGUGCUAUCAAAUCGGCUGCCUAUAGCCUAUGGCUAAACAAAUUUGAUGGCACAGGGAACCUUCUCUUCGGGGGUGUCAACAAAGCGAGAUAUCAAGGCGAGCUGCAAACUGUGCCUAUUGUGCCAGUAUAUGGCAGGUACAGUUCUCUGACCAUCGCCUUGACGGAUUUAUCUGUGAAGAACACCGAUGGUACAAAGAGUUACAAGACGGGUCUUCCCUUGGCCGUCACUUUGGAUAAUGGAAGCCCUCUCAUUGCGCUGCCUAAAGAGCUGGUAGACCCCAUAUUCAAGGAGGUCGGUGUGGGUUAUUCCAGGGCCGACAGCUACCCCUACAUUCCUUGCAAUAUGAAAAAGGCCGAUUACAAUGUGACCUUCAGUUUCUCGGGCGCCACGGUCUCGAUCCCCUUAAAAGAACUGAUUUUCGAGAAUUACGCCGAGGCCGACUUCCCUGAGGGCACAUGCAUCUUUGGUAUCACAUACAGCGACCCCGGAGUGAAUCUGAUGGGUGACACAUUCUUGCGUAGCGCUUACGUGGUCUACGAUCUCGCCAAUAACGAGAUUUCGCUUGCGAACACAGACUACGAUGGGGGUGAUGAUGAUAUUUACGAGAUCGGCACGGGAACGGCUCCUGUGCCGGACGCAACGCUUGUGCCCACUGCUAUCACCUCGGCCACGGGUAAUGGGCCCAAUCAAACCGAUACACCCUCGGGCUCUUUGAGCUCCGAGUCUGGUGAAACAACAGCAUAUGUCACUGCUACUGCCACUGCUACUGGAACUGCCACUGGAACUACCGAGAAUGGUGGAGCUUCUAGUACUUCCUCUAAAGGACUGGCAGCGUUCUCCAUGGGCAAACCAAACCACCUGCUGUCCGGGUUCUUGGGCGCUGGCUUGCUCCUUGCAGUGUAG